GUAACGGCGAGGCGGAGCGUAAGAAAAGGGGGACUAGUGUGUUUGUUGUUGAUGGUCACGUGGCCCCGCAGCGGCGAUGCGAGCGUUGCGAGCGCCUUCCUUCCUUCCCCGACCAGUUACUACAAAAUGGCUGCAGAGGCAUCAGCGUCGACAAGAACCCAGUGAACACUUCAUGGCCACGGAACAGAAAACUAAAGUGCCAGACUCUGCCCCUGCUCCCAGCGCCCUGCUGUCUGUCACAGCCCCCUGCAGAGGGGAUGGCAGCAGCGCCCCCUACCCAGGCCAGCCACAGGCACCACCAGCACCUCCACCUUCAGCACAACGCCACCCCCCAAGAGAUGUCCCCCCACGCUUCCGCCAACAGGAGCACAAGCAACUGCUGAAGAGGGGCCAACCCCUGCCUCCCGGGCUUUUGACCCUGCCCCCACAAAACCCUGCGGCGUCCGAGUCCCCCCUGGCAGCGUCGCUGUCGUCUGCAACAACUACAGAGGCGUCAGCAGCAGAAGAACAAGCAUCUUCCUCCUCUUCCUCGCCAGCCAGCUCAGAGCUGCCCCCAAAGAGUGGCCAAGGAGCCCAGUAUAGUAGUCCCUUCCGGGGACACCAGCCUGCCAAUCAGAGCGUUAGUGGAACAUCACUUUCCACAAAUCCCAGUGGCUGGGAUCAACCAAUCAUCGACCAGCGGGAGUCCGAGGCCUUGCCCUCAAUCAACCACAGCGAGAGUCGUGACUCUCAAGGAGGAUGCCCUACGGGUGCUGACCCGAGUAAUCUGGCUAGAGACAGCAGCAACAGUUCGGCCAGUAUGGCCACAGGAGCCAAUGGUCAGACAGGCAACUACCCUGCCAGCCACACAAGCAGCAAGGCCAACUCUGGACCCAGCCCUGCCAAUCAAAGUGGGGCCAACAUGCUGUCCAACCAGGCCGCAGCCAAUCGCAGCUGGGGAUCUGGACCGGGGUCUGGCCAUUGCCCUCCUCAGUCCUCAAUGGGGGGCGAGGGGAAGAGUGACGUCCAAUUAGGAGCAGGUGUCAUGGGCUGGGGUUCCUCCUCCUCCACGUCCAACUUUAACUUGAAUUUGAACCCCAACGCCAACCCGUCUGCCUGGCCUGCAUUGGGGCACGACGGGGCUGGUACAGGGGGAGGAACAAACCCCAGCUCCCCACCUCAACCCCUACCCACCCUCUGCAACCUAGCUGGGGGCCCAACAGCACAGGCCAAUGGCAGCACCGGAGCCAACGCCAACGGAAACGCCUCGGGGAGCGGCAGUGCCUGGGGUGGCACGAUGCCCUCUGACCCUUCAGAGCCGCACCCUCCCUCGUCAACGAAUGUGUCUUUCAGCUCCGAACCUCAGAGCCUUAACACGGACGGACAAAAUCACACCAACAAGCAGGAGCCUCCCAGCCCCAUGCGCAACAUGCCCGGCUGGGGCGGUGGCCCCGUGGGAGUGGGGCCCCGGGGCCACUCCCAGCCCGGCGCUCCGCAGGUGAACGGAGAGGACGGCAGCGCCGCAUGGGGCAGCGGGGAGCCCAAAACGGCUCCGUCCAAGGAGGCUUCCGGAUGGGACUCUGGUUCAAACUGGGGUCUCCGAGGAGGUGCGGGAGGAUGCUCCGGCGGCUGGGGCAAGCAGCAGAGCAGCGGAGACUGGGCGAAGCAAGGUGCCACUGAGGCUCCGGGGGGCUGGGACGCCCCUGGCUCCCCUCCCCAGGACCAGAAGGCCAAUUCCUGGGGCAGGGCCCAUAUCACCGCGGUCACCAGUGAGGGCAGCAGUGAUAACGCCGAGGGUCUGACCCGCUGCCCAGACCGACCUUCAAGGGAAGAGGUGCCCCCGGCGCUGCCUGCCGCUGACGUCGAUCCCAGGGUGCUUUGCAACACGGGCUGGGGUCAGACCCCAGUGCGCCAACACACUUCAUGGGACAUGAUCGAGAAGAACCGCAAGGCCGAGAAAGCCGCUGAAUCCUGGGGCUCGCGUCCCUCAACCUGCAGCGACGUCCAGGGGCCCUCCAACACCAAUAUGGCCCCUUCCCAGAGGUCGGACCCUGUGAGCAAAAGCGAUGGCCCCGAGCCCCAGGGAGCCCCGGGCUGGGGUGGAGGCGUGGCCCCUACCAACCAGACCAGCUCAGGCUGGGGGGAUCAACCCAGCAACAAAAAGCCCCCCCCUGGUGGUCCUGGGGGAUGGGGGAACAGCCAGCCAGGAGGAGUCCAAAUGAAUGUACCGAAAAAUGCUGGUCCGGGAUGGGGAGAGGAGAAACCUGCCAGCUGGGAGGACCCUCAAAAUAAAACGAAGGCCCAAGGCUGGGGAGAGACGCCCAAAGCCUCCCCUGGCUGGGGUAAGAGCGGAGGAAACGGUGGUGGGGGCGACUGGGAGACAGACGAAAAGCAGAAGGAAAACUCCAACCCAAACACAGCCUGGGAAGGAGAGGCAGGAGGCUGGAAGGAGAACCCCAGAAGCUGGAGCAAACCUGCCCAAGGAACUGGGCUGUCUGGGAGAGGUGGGGCUGGAGGUGGUGGAGGUUGGACAGAGCCUGCCAGCCAACACCCAACUGGUCCAACCCCGGGAUCUGGGGUAUCUGGAGGUGGAGGUUGGGCGGAGCCAGCCAGCCAGCGCCCCACAGGUCAGACUCAAGGAUCUGGGGCAUCCGGAGGAGGAGGUUGGGCGGAGCCAGCCAGCCAGCGGCCCACUGGUCCUGCCCAAGGAUCUGGGGCAUCCGGAGGAGGAGGUUGGGGAGAGCCAGCCAGCCAGCGCCCCACUGCGGCAUCCGGAGGAGGAGGUUGGGGAGAGCCAGACAACCAGCGCUCGACUGGUCCUGCCCAAGGUUGGGGGGGUAAAAACCCAGAUGUGCCCAAUGGCAGAGGAGGAGGAGGAGGAGGCAUGGGGUCUUGGAGCGGCCCAGGACUCGUUAAGCAGAGCGGCAGCUGGAGCGGGAAGAAGCCGGAGCCCCCGGGAUCGUCGAGUGGCUGGGAAGAGCCCUCCCCGCCAUCGAUCCGCCGGAAGAUGGAGAUCGACGACGGCACGGCGGCCUGGGGGGACCCCGGCACCUACAGUAAGGCGUUGAACCUCUGGGACCGCAACAACCAAGGGAAGUCCCAGGGUAAGGCCCCCCAGGGGGGGUCCUCCAAUCCCCCCGCCCCCAGCAACAACCACGGCCAACACCACCACCCGCACGCCCACUCCCACCCAUACCACGGGGGGCCGCCGCCUCCCGCCGUCCCCAGCCACAGCCAAACCCACCCGCCCCAGAACCCCAGCCUCCCCAGCGGGCCCCUGGAGCCCAGCGUGCCUCACCAGACGGGGCCCUCUCCUCACAGCAGGACCUCAGCCAUGAACCAAGGUUGGGGUGAGAUACAGGGCUCCCAUGCCAAACCGGAGGGGUCCUGGGGGGACCAAGCGCCCCAGCAGGCCAACGCGGACAAUGGGGCGUCGACCUGGGGGAAGUCCAGUGGGGGCUGGGGCGAGGUGGGCCCCGAGAGCUACAGUCGGGGAAACCAACCCAUUGGAUCUGCAUCUUGCAAACCUGCCCCAAAACCUAUGCAAGACAGCUGGGCUGGAGGAGAUGAGGAGCAGAUGGGCAUGUCGGGCGGCCAGUGGGACCCGGAUGAAGGAGACGCGUGGAACAGCGGCAUGUCCCAGGAGAACAACUCCUCAUGCAACUCCUGGAGCAACGGGCCGAAGAAGGGCCUGCAGAAGAUGCAAGGGAAGAUCCCCGGGAAACAGGAAGAGGCCUGGAUGCUGAAUCGCCUCAUCAAGCAGCUGACCGAAAUGGGCUUCCCUAGGGACCCAGCCGAGGAGGCCCUGAAGACCAACAACAUGAACCUGGACCAGGCCAUGAGUGUGCUGCUGGAGAAGAAGCUGGAGUUGGACAAGCGGGGCAUGGGCAUGGCCGGCCAUGACUACAGCAACGGCCUCAUCAACAAGGCCCUGGGGGGGCCCCGGCCCCCGCUCCUCUCCAAAGACCCCCCCAUGGACCGCCGCUCCCCCUUCAUGGAUAAGGCUGGGAUAUUUGGGAGUGGUGGGCCAGCGCAAGGCCGCGCCCUUCAUCAUCAUCAUCAACAGCAUCAGCAGCAUCAACAUCAGCAUCAGCAGCAUCAGCAGCAUCAGCAGCAGGCCCCGCCCCCGCAGCCACCAGUGCCACCGCCCGGCUCCUCCCAGCCCGGUCUACGGGCUCAAGUGCCUCAGAUACUCUCCCCUCAGGUUCAAGCACAGCUCUUACAGUUUGCAGCAAAAAACAUUGGUCUGAACCCUGCACUUUUAACCUCACCGAUUAACCCUCAACACAUGACCCUCCUCAACCAACUUUACCAGCUGCAACUGGCAUACCAGCGUUUACAGAUUCAGCAACAGAUGUUGCAGGCGCAGCGCAACGUCUCUGGCCCCAUCCGACAGCAAGAGCAGCAGGUUGCACGUACAAUCACUAACAUGCAGCAACAGAUCCAGCAGCACCAGCGCCAGCUGGCCCAGGCCCUGCUGAUGAAGCAGCAGCCGCCACCGCCCACCUCCCACGCCGGCCUGCACCCAGGAUCCGUCAAAUCAGCCCUGGACUCCUUUCCAGGACAUCCCCAUGCUUCGGGCCUUCCAGACCUGCAGACCAAAGAGCCACAGUCUUCUCCCCACGCCUACAGCACCUACCCACACUCUGGGCUGAAUCCCAACAUGAAUGUAAACCUCAACGAGGUGGGCGGGGGGCUGUCCAUGAAGGAGCACUCCCAGCCCCAGUCCCGCCUAUCCCAGUGGACGCACCCCAACUCCAUGGACACACUCUCCGGGGGGUCCUCCCCCCUGGAGCACAACCUGGCCAAGCAUGCCAACCUGGGAUCCUCGCGCAAGUCGCCCCAGAUGGAGGACUCCUACAGCGCCUACAGCCUACACUCCGACUCCCCCUCAAGCCCCCCGGACCACUGGGGCUCGGGCAAGAGCAGCAACGACAAGAUGGCCAACGGGACCAACAUCACCUGGCCUCCAGAGUUCUGCCCCGGCGUGCCGUGGAAGGGCCUCCAGAGCAUUGACCCCGAGACGGACCCCAACAUGACCCCGGGUAGCGUCCCCAACGGGCCCACCAUCAACACCAACAUUCAGGACGUGAACCGCUACCUGCUGCGGGACCGGAGUGGAGGCUCCUCCCCCACCUCAUCUCAGACCGAGGCUCUGACUUCCUCCUCUGAUUGGCCAGUCAGUUCCUACUCUAGCUCGUUCAGUCUGUCGUCCCCCGAGAUGGACGACGCAGGUAAGCUGCCGGACAUGAAGUCCACCUGGUCCCCGGGGGCCAUCUCCAACAGGGAGGCCACAGGCUCGCUGUCCCACGAGCUGUGGAAGGUCCCCCAUGGGCCCCGCAACUCUGCGGCCCCCUCGAGGCCCCCGCCCGGCCUCACCCACACAAAGCCCCCACCCUCAGCCCCAUCGUCCUCCACCUGGGGGGGCAACUCCCUAGGACUGGGACAGUCCUGGAGCUCCUCCUACACCUCAGCUGGUAACACCUGGAGCACAGACAGCUCCAGCAGAGGCAGCAGCUGGCUGGUGCUGAGGAACCUCACGCCACAGAUCGACGGCUCCACCCUGCGCACGCUGUGCAUGCAGCACGGCCCGCUGAUCACCUUCCACCUGAACCUGACGCAGGGCAACGCCGUGGUGCGCUACAGCUCCCGGGACGAGGCUGCCAAGGCCCAGAAGUCCCUGCACAUGUGCGUCCUGGGCAACACCACCAUCCUGGCGGAGUUCGCCGGGGAGGAGGAAGUGGCGCGCUUCUUCGCCCAGGGCCAGUCGCUAGGGGCGACCACCAGCUGGCAGGCCAACCCCUCCGGCAACGCCAACCAAGCGCGGAUGGGCGGCGGCGGUGGCCCCGCCCACCCCAUCGGACACCACGCGCCCCACUGGGGCCACCACAACAGCUGCAGCGGAGGUAACGGGGCCGGAGGCCUGGGCGGCGGGGGGAGCAAGGCGGGCGGAGGUGACAUGCUGUGGGGGGGCGGGGGGCCCCAGUACUCCAGCCUGUGGGGGCCCCCCGGCGGCGGUGAGGACGGACAGGUCAUGGGGAGCCCCACCCCUAUCAACACUCUGCUGCCAGGGGACCUACUGAGCGGGGAGUCCAUGUAAGAGCACAGAGGCCCCCUCGGGGGGGGGGGGGGGGGCCCAAACACAACGAGAGAACAAUCCAGAUAGCAAAUCAAUGUGGAGAUAAUCAGUGUGGAAUCCGUCAAUCGGGAGCGAGCGGGGAAGACCAGGCUGUCCCCGGAGACCCUCCACCUCGUCUCUCUGUUGAGAUCGGCGCUCCUUUUGAUUUCAGUGUCGGAAAUAUAUCAAGUGUAAAAUGUUAAGUUUUUUUUGUGUGUGUGUGUGAAUCUCAGAGGGUGGUUACUUUUCUCAGUGUUCACUCUCUCGAAAAGCAACAGGACAGCUAGUCUCAACUUGGGAUAACUCUCUUUUUUGCAGUAGUGCAACUGUUUUCGGACAACUGUUCUCUUGACAUUUGCGCCGUGUUUUAGCCUAACAUAAAUGUCGAUGAUACGUGCUGCCAUCUAGAAAACUUGACAACCGCCAGUCCGCCCCGGCCUGCCCCAAUCAGAACGGUUCGAGAGCUCGGCGCCACUCCGGACUAUAAGUGGCGCUCUUCUCUCAGUACUAUUUACUAGCCUUAACCUCUAAUGACCCCCUCCUCCCAAUGCCCUUUCUGACCCCACUCGGACCUCGGACCUCUCAAACCAUCCUCAAACUAUGUGUUUAAAGGGAAAGAUGCAACUCCCUUCGCGCCUUGUUUGAAGCCAUUUCUGUUUGGUUGGGUUGACUUUGACUUCCUUGGUGGAGAAGAAGAGGGAAAAGGAAACACAAACAAAGCAAAAACACUGCAAUUGAAGUAAAGGUCAAAUGUGUCAACUUAUUUGUGCUCGGCGGUGGGUUAAGCUUUUUAAAUGUAAUCAUUAUCGCUGGCUGGUGUACGUACGCGCGGGUCAGCACCAAUCAGCCUAACGAACCACUGCUCUCCUACUAUAAACCAACUCUACGACCCACCCGCCACCUACCUGGGAUCCCCAUACCCCCGACUCAGCUGACCAGUCGAGCUGAACCCCCCAGGCGGCGAGCGACCGGGUGGGGGAAACGUCUGUUGCAGCAGGGGGCGCUUUCCUCCACCGUGUAAAGUGAUCUGCAAUACAAGCCACAGACUCUACCGUCCAAGUAACAACACACCCCGCAGAGAGGAAACUCACAAACGAAAACCCAGUUGGACGCAUGUAUAUCGAUGCAUAUCCGACAGGACGCUGGAGGAUCCCAGAGUCUGCCAGAGAGCCUAGGGUCCAUGUCUAAAUUGCUGGGUCCCACUUGGUGUUACUGUGCGAGGCGAAGAAGCUUGAUACCGAUGCCUCCUCAAACGGUUAUGUUCGGUUGUGACACAACGGACAUUGUCCACUUUCCUCAGCAAGCCGCCGGUCCUCACUAGUGACUAUUGCGGUAAAGUGUGUGUGUGUGUGUGUGUCUGUGCGUGUGUGUGUGUGUGUGAGAAAAUAUGUAUGUUUAGAAUGGUGAAAAACAAAUUUGAGGAAGUUGCUUUCUGUAUUACCAAGACGACGAAAGAGGCAUUCAUUUUAUUUAGUUUUGUGUUGCCUGUGUUUUCUUGGUACCAUGGUGUAAUGAACUCUAAAGAGGUGUUUAUCAUAGCACUUAGCAACCUUUAAUGCAAACAAAUCAGUAGAGGUGAGAAUGGACACUGGCAAACAAAAAAAGACAUAAAAAAAAGAAAGCGUUCUCAUAAAAAGCAAUCUGCUCAGUGACUUUUCUGUGUACUUAUCGUUGAACCUUUACGAGGAUGGGGAGAAAAAAAAUAUUUCUUUGUGUAUUUUCUUAUUUUAGAUUUAGUCCUUUCCUCCCUCGAUUCGGUGGGACCAGGAAGGAUGUAGAAAGAGAAGAGAACCUGUAGCAAAGUUGGAAUGAAUACAACAAACACAAACAAAAGACCGGACUUGCAUUCUGUGCGGAGCACUCCCGGGUCAUCUUUGAUUAGAUCAGUGAACAUCACGUUUCCUGACUUUAAAGUCUCCUUUAGCCUUUGUGUCCAGGAUGCCGGAAGGGUCCCUUCCCACCAAUCCUGCAAGGGGGUAUGCUAGCCACCUGUGUGUGUGUGUGUGUGUGUGUGUGUGUGUGUGUGUGUGUGUGUGUGUGUGUGUGUGUGUGUGUGUGUGUGUGUGUGUGUGUGUGUGUGUGUGUGUGUGUGUGUGUGUGUGUGUGUGUGUGUCCUCCAGAAGGCCCCAUGCCAGCGUGCCUGCCCACUGGGGACCGCUGGCCUACCCGUAUUAAAACUACUAUCAUACCACCUCUGCUACUGCUGCUGGGGCAGAGUCUGUCCUCAGCAACCCUGUGUCUAUCUCCCUCCUCUGACUCUCUCUCUAACUCUCAUGCAAGAAUCACUUUAGCCAGAGGUAGAGGAUGUCCGACAUUUCCUGGUUUCACUUAUGGUGUCGUGUUUUAUUAACGAUAUAUAUAGUUAUCCGUUUAGAAUUUCAUCCACUUGUUUUGCCGUAGUUAACGAUGAUUACUGCGUUGUUGCGCCUCUGACAUCGAGGGCCGGUUGACAGGCAAGUGUUUGAGUGUGGCGUGUGUGUGUGUGUGUACGUGAAGCAUUGAUCUCAUGUUCAGAGAUUAGGCCUUGCCCCUUCUUGGGAAUGGAAGGGAGAGAGGUAGUAAUUCUGUGUGUGUGUGUGGGUUUGAAACAAGUCAGCCAAUCUACUCCCCCCAGUCCUGCCACUGCUCCACCAACACUACCAUGUAUCAGGGUGUCACCGUGCCAAUUCCUCCCCCACACACACACAGACACUGGUGCUGUUGUUGUUAUUAUUAUUAUUAUUAUAUGUCCUUUAUAAAGAACUGUGGGAGCACUCGGGACAGACUGCUGCCCUCUGUUUCUAUGCAAUAACCAGAAGGUUGAGGGUUUGACGGCCAUCGUGAUGUAUACGAAGCUCCACCGGGCCCCGACCGAGACCCACCGCUCACACUCCAGCCCCUCCCCACCCUCCUUGGCCGGCUGUACUUUAUGUGGAGGGAACCUCUUUUUUUGAGCAAGGACCACACCCCCUUCACUCCCAACCUUUUGGGGUUUUAUGAGAUGGGAUUAGUGCUUAACGGAGAGGUAGGGGUGGACAUGGGAACAACACUAAGCAGGGGCUUGACGCAGAAGCUGUAUGCAAUAACAACUUGUCUGCGGAUACAUCUCCUUCCAUUUUUCCAUACGUUACAUCUGUGGUAGAAUCAUUCUGUUGAUCCUACAUCUUCCCCCCCUGUGUUGUUGUCGCUGGGCUGGUGGUGGGUGGGGGUUCUGCUCCAGCAGAUGGCUAGGAAGGGGGAGGUUUGCUGGCCUGGCCGAGGACAGCCUCUUGGCGCCGGUCUUAAUUAAUAACAGGGCACCGAGACAGCUGGGAAAGCAGUGGUAGGUAAGAGUUAGGAUGUUUUGGGUAUGAUUCCUAGUGUGGCUGUGGCUGUGUGAGUGUGGGCUGUUGACGCGCUAAAAGGGUCACAAUUUGGUACAUCUUUUUUAAGAAACCGAAAACAUGAGAUAAAAAAAAAGUUAUUGCGAUGAUUUUGACAGACAAAAAAGCAACCUUAUUCUUAAGUGUGCCUGCGCUGUACACUCUGCGUGUUCUCUUCAUCUAGCUCGGCUCAAAGGGCCCUCUUCAGGGGCACCUCUAUUCACAGCGUUCACUUCUGACCUCCGAACUAUAGGGGGCGCCAGCUAACUUAACAGGGGUACACUUCCUUAAAUCAGCACGACCACAUGGACGGACUUCAUGUUUGGUACCAUUUCGGGAACAUGCCCUCUCUUCCAGUCGCGGGAGAAAUUCAACCCAACAAUCACUAAUGCCUGUUCUUGUCUGGGGUUUUUUGUCUCUGGAAUCCCUUUUUCUUCUCGCUUUCUUUCUCUCCCUCCCUCUUCUGACUGGUCUUGAUCAGGGACUGGCGAGUAUGCAAGGUGCUGUGUACCCCCCCGCCCCCCCCCAGCCUCUCUCACCCAUCCCAACGCUCUCCGUCUCUAUGAUCUACCUGUCAAGGACAAUGAGUGUUGGAAGGAAGUGGUCUUUUUUUGUGUUGUUCUCGUGAACUUGGACUGAAAUGCAACUGGAGUUCGAUUGAUAACCGUGCUUAGGAGAGACGCAUACAAGAUUUUUCGAAUGACAAAUAAUUAAACAUAAAAAUGCGAAGGCCUGGCUCUUUUAUGCACAUGCUAGUUUGUACAUGUCUACAAUCAAGAGUCAUUUAAGCAGUGUAUUGUGUGUUCGGCUAGAACUGUCUUAGUCUGAUUUAAUAUUUUCCAAUGCCCCAUCGGCUCCCAAAACCUUCUGGCCUGACUUCUCCCUAAUGCUUUGUAUCUUUCUCCCAUUUCCCAGACAUAAACAUAAACAUAUCAGAAUAAUAAAAAAACAAAAACAUUAACUAAUACUUGAAUCAAAAGAAGCGCCAAUAAUGUAAUGUGAACACUUUUUAAAGUGAUUUUUUUUCUUUUUGUCUCAUUCAUACGUCAAGAGAUUUUUCUAACAGCAUUGGUUCAUAUUAAACAACCAUUGAAAUACAAGCAUUGUUGGAAAAACAAAGAUUUAAUAUUAAGGCAAUUGGACAUCUGAUGUAUUAAAGCAAUUUGACAUCUGAUGUUGUUGUGUGUUUGCACAAGUUUGCUUGGUGUGUGUGUGUGUGUGUGUGUGUGUGUGUGUGUGUGUGUGUGUGUGUGUGUGUGUGUGUGUGUGUGUGUGUGUGUGUGUGUGUGUGUGUGUGUGUGUGUGUGUGUGUGUGAGAAUAUCAAGGGUUUUGAGCCUGUGAAUUUGGCGGACAUGGUUCCCACUGUGUAUUUUUAAUUUGAGUAGGUUAUCCUAGGAUUUUUUUUGAGCGUGUCUGUUCAUUGUUUCAUUUGUUUUGCUUGUUGAAAAGUAUAUUCCAAUGUUGGUCGUCAUUAGCCUAUAGCGUUGCACGGAGUAGCUGACCCAGCCCCCUCCUUAGCCAAUCGAACAACCCGAUCCAAGUAUGGGGGCCGGGGAGUAAACAGGCCGGGACACUUCACGUGUAAAUGUUUACUCAAGGACUAAAAAUGUAAGUGUGUUUGAAAAAAAUAUCUGUAAUAUGUUUAUCUACCUUAGUGGCUUUCAUCUUGGAAUAAUCCGAGAUGAACCGGAUUAUAUAUAUUGAGUAUUGCACCAUUUUCUUUCAGACUCUAAAAGAAAAAAAAAGAAACAGAAAAAUCUUUUUUAUAGAUACACAGAAAAUGCAACAAAAAAAAGUAUUUUGCUGACCUGUGGCCAUGGACUGAUGUGGGAGGUUAGCACUGUUUUAGCUGCGAUGCAAAGCAUAGUCGCGGUUUGAAAUGGAAGGACAAGACAUCGGACUGAGUUGUGGAACCUUCCAGAGCUCUUCAGAGGGUGCCUAUUUUUAUUUUUUUUAACUUUUAUUUCUUUCUUGAUUAUUGGGGGUUGUUAGCUUUGUUUCAGUUUCUACGGAGGUUCAGUCCUCUAGCAUUAUUAGUUUUCCUUCUCUCAAGGCCACCAAACCGUUUACACCAAACACUUUAUUUCCUGGUGUUUUUUACAAUAAAAUGAAAAAAUUGAAUAAAGAUUAAGCAAAAUGAUACUAUGGGAACUUAUAAAAAAAUUGAAAAGGACAAAUGCUUCCAUUUAUAAAGUACAACACAACGCUUUGCAUUAUGAAGACUUAUUGUCUUUAGGAGCUCUGGGAUGGAACAGUGUCGCCAUGUUCUGUUUGACCUUGGGCUGCUUUGUUCUGUCAAUGUUGAUUUUUAAGGACUAUCUGAAAGCCUGUCAUUUAAAUGUUGAUAUAUGAAUAUAUUUUGUUCCUUUUUAUUUUAUUCAUUUUGAAAGAAGACAUAAUUGCUCACUAUCUUGCACACACAAAAAAAGUGGAUUUCGUCUCAGGAAGGCUGAGUUUCCAGAGUACUGACUCCACGCCAUUUUAAUGUAAGUUUUUACAAGUGAAUAUAACAAUUUAAAAAAAGUUGAUACGAAAAAUACAAAUUGUAAGCACUGAAAGUUAUGGAUUUCAGAGGAAAGAAGUUCUCUUUGUUUUCUAAAUCCGUAGCAGUUACAUAUUAACCAAAUAAUGGACUUUAAAUGAAAAUGGAGUGCUUUAUAUAUAAAUCUAUAUAUUAAAAAUUGCUUUACAUUUACAAAAAAAAAGUGGUCAAUGAUUUUGAUUGUGAAAGAAAAAAGUGAAUAACAUGCAACAUUGCUGUUUGAAUCUUUAUUGUAUUUUAUUAUGAGGUCCCGACCUGACUGAAUCAGGAACAUUGUGCAUUACUCUCUUUCUCGCUCUCUCUCGCUCUCUCUCUCUCUCUCUCUCUCUCUCUCUCUCUUAUAUUUAUAUAUAUAUAUGGCGGGUAUUAGACAAUAGAAACAUUUGAAACCAUUUUUGUGAAUGCUUUUGGUGGGUCUUACUUGCAGGAUCGUUUUUUAUUUGUAACCGACUGGUUUCAAAAGAUCACAAAUCUAUGCACAAAGUUUUGGGGCGCUGAUGAAGGUGUCGUUACCUACUUCUCUGUGACCCAUGUAUUUUUUGCUUUGUCUUGUGGGGUGGGGGGAGGGGUGUCCAAUGUAUUGUGUUAUCCUAAAGUGGUGGGUGGACUGCGGAGGUCUUUAUCAAUGCAGAUGUUGGAGCCUGCACCACCACCUCCCUACUCCAACUUCCUCCCCCCACAACUAUGUACCGCUACAUCACCAUGCUGUGUAUUUCUUACAAAAAAACACCAAUGAGCAUCUUAGUCUAGAGCACUGUGGGAUUCGAACCCAUCAGGGGUGUAUCUUGGUUCAAUUGUGUUUUUUCCUUCUGUCCCUUGGUCCCUUUUAUUCAGUUAAAAGUAUUUUGGUUGGGUGGGGGGGGGGGGAUUAGGGCUGUGUUGCAUUGUUUUUCAUGUUUAUGAAAUGCUAAGGAAAGAUGUCUGUACUGAGAUUAAAUGAAAGUUCCGUGGCUUGUAAUGUUUUAUUUUACUCUCUGUAUAUCUAUCUCCUCAUAGAAUGUGAUUGUUAAAUGACAUGCACCGGAAAAAAAAUGAAACAAUGGUUUUAAUAAUCAAUGGCGCUUCUUUCAAAUAUUAAUAAAACUGCAGUUUUUUACUUGGCUGUUAAAGAUGAACUUGUCGUCCGUCUGAUUUUAAUCAAAGCUUUGCAGGCGUAGCACGUUUCUGUGAAAUAUCUGUACCUUUCAUCAUGGGCCCCAAGCUAUUGUUUUUACAUGAAAGCUCUUGUACGAUCUACUUCCUCCAUCCUCCUUCCUGUUGUUGGUUCGCUAUCACCCUCUUGGAGACUCCUAUUUAGCCUUUAGAGGUCAGGCAGGAAGAAAGAUGGCAGAGCAGCCUAUGCUUAAAGAGCAUGGAUGUAUAAAAGUAAGUUAGGAGGUUCAGAGCAUUGGAGGGUGUGUGAUCUGCCGGGGACAGGCGUAGUAGUUGUCCUCCGCCUGCCUGAUGCCGAGGUUGGAGUACACAGGGAAGGCUGUCUCCAUGUGUGAGGUGCUCAUGGUGAUAUUCUGGGGGCUUCCUGCGCACCGCCUCUCACUCUUGCUGUUCAUUUCCUCGUAGAUCGGAUGAGGCGGCUGUGGUUUCUGACGACACCUCGCCCUCAUCUGUGAAAGCAAACAGACUUCACAGCCGGAAACUUUUGGUUUUGACGUUUCUAACGGCACCGCAUUAUUGUCUAAUGAAAGACUAUAUAUGUACUCAUUUUGCAACUGGCAAAACUUAAACCAUGUGUAGCCAUAACAUAUACGUUAGAGAAUGUUAUAAUAGGAUAUCAUGCGUAUCUUAUGAUAAGACUCUUUACCUUUACUCUUUUCUCUUUAAGGUCUCCUUUAACACUGCAAUAACACUUAUUACAUGCUUAUUAACCAAAACGACCUUCUGAACAUGUUACAAUUUUAAACAACAUAGACAUGAAUCCACCACAGGAAGUCAGUGGUUUCCUCUAGCGUUGCCAUGGUUGCAGUCGGUUAUGAGUCUGGUCACUCACCCAUCUCUUUCUCGCUAGCCAGGUAGACAUCAGCAGCAGAAGUACUGUAGCAGCAAAUAUGCUGUAGAGCAGGGAUGUGUACUUACUAGAGCACUGGUGGCACUGCCUAUCUGCAUGAUGACAACACAUAUAUAUCAAAAAAUAAGGGCAUUAGAAAUAGGCGUACAUACUGUACUUUCAAUAAAUUAACCCAAACACAAAAUUAAUUAAACUGGGUGGCCAAAUACAAAACGUGUGUGUGUGUGUUUUAGGUGUAUAUCCGUGUGUGUGUGUGUGUGUGUGCGUACGUGUUUUCCUGACGUGUGUGUGUGUG